AUGGCACCGAACCGACGUCAUGCAUCGACCAGCGGUUCCUUCGAAGCUCCCUUGUCGAUGUUGGAGGCGCAGUGGGGUUCUGCGUACAUUGAAGUGCCUCCGAUGAAGGUGAGUGACGGUGCGAUUGAUUUCUUCUUCCCGAGUGUUAUUGGCGAAACCGAGGCCGAUCUGAAGGACGUGCUUGAUCACGAAGCUAAGGUACAGUCCUCCGACAAGGAAGUAGAACUCCAAGAAGCUGACCUGGAACCCUUCGGCUGCAGCGCUUCUGGUUACACCUUGGAUGGCGGGGCGUCGGGCUUGCUGUUUGCGAUGGAGGGUGUGGAGGUGGAACAAGAUUGCCGGGGACUGUGUGGCCAGAUGGCAGGCUGUGUUGCUGCCACGUAUGACGGUUCACUCUGCUCUCUGUAUUCAAGUGUACAGGGACUCAAGGAAGGGUCGGGUUCUGUUACUCCUCCCGGCUGCGACGAAUCUUGCUUCAAGCGUGGCAAACGUCUGAGUGGUGAGGGGGUUUCUCUGGGAAAAGCUCCCACUCCUCACAUAUGCCAGUCCAUGUGCCAGGCAGCAUCAGGCUGCAUUGGUUUCUCCUGGAAUCGCGAGAGUUUGGAAUGCACGUCUCACGGUACAGAAGUUGAUACGGAAAGCCAGACAGGAUAUGUCAGUGGGCCUAGAGACAUGUGCAGUCUCAACGUUAAAUCUCCAAACUAUGCAGGCGAUAUGUUCAUGGGUGGAGAUCUCAGUGGAAUGGAAGGGAACAUUCGCAUUACAAGGGAGAUUCCUUCAACGGAGGUCUGCCGCCGCAUGUGUCUGCUCAACCCCAGCUGCCAGUGGUAUACAUUCAACACAGAUGACAAAAUAUGCUAUGAGAAGGCACGCUCUGGACCCAUCGGGGUUGCUAAGAGGGGAGACGUCACAGCUUGCAGGUACUCCGACUCCAGCUGUUACUUGAGGAAUAUCGAGUACACUGGAGCAGCCUACAAAGACGUCAAGAAGAGCUACUUACAAGAGUGCCCGCAUUUGUGCGCCCUAGAAGCACGCUGUCAACGCUGGACAUACAACAAGACCAAGAAAUCCUGCAGGCUCUUCGAUUUGGAAUCCUCUAAGGCCGGCACCUACACCUCACAACCCUCGUGGAGUGGCCCUAAGAACGGCUGCGCUUCUGAACCCCUGUACAAUGCAUUUCAGAAUGUGCCUUCAUGCAGCAUGAGAGGCGUGCGCUAUGACGGGGUGCCUUUUGCAGUUGAGAAAACCGAGACCGCAAACGCAUGCCAAGCUAAAUGCCAGACGACCACAGGAUGUGAAGCCUUCUCUUACGAUAUGAAAGGAGGAGUAUGCUACAUGCAUAUUGCAUUUGCAGUGAUGUCGAAGCGCCCCAACUACAACUUCGUCUCAGGCCCGCGUCAAUGCGCAGGCUGCAUGAAGAAGGGUGUAGAGUACAACGGCGAAAUCAUCAGGGAGCUCACCACGGCAGUAGAGACCGAAGAAGAGUGCCAGCUGCACUGCCAAGCUAUAUCGACCUGCGCUGUAUUCUCGUACCGUGGAAGCUUCUGCAGACUCAUUGGAAGAGAUGCUACAACCGAGCAAAGCCCCCUAGCAACAAGCGGCACGAAGCACUGUGCAGGAGAUUGCUAUCUGCAAGGUGUCCAUAGCCCACGGCGUGAUUACGGGUACGUGAAGGAAUUGAGCGGCAAGACAGCUGAACAGUGCCGCGACACGUGCAAAGCAGAUGAGAAGUGCACGAGCUUCACACACUGGAAUGACAAACGGUGCUACUUGAAAGAUGACGAGUCCUUCAGAUAUCUUUCACCUAUCGAGGGGGCCGUCACAGGCUUCCCAACCUGCUCUAUCUGCAUGAGGGAAGGAGUAAGGAUCCUAGCAAACGAUUCGAAUCUCCUGUGGAACUUGGAAGCCGGCAAUGCAGAAGAAUGUAAGAUUCGCUGCGGACUCAUGAGCUCGUGCACUCGCUUUGCUUUCAAUAUAGUGACAAAGCAAUGCAGUCUUCUCUCAGGCGAAGGCGAGUUGGUGGAAGCACGUGACUACGUCUCCGGGCCCGCUAAAUGCUUAACGGACAUCUCUUGCUUCCAGAGAGAUGUCGCUUUCACUGGCGGCGAGACAGUUGCUACAGAUGUGACAGAGAACGCAGGGCUCUGCAUGCGGUGGUGUGCAAAGGAAGCACAAUGCACGCACUUCACCUUUACUUUUGCUGAAGAUCGUCUCUCCGGCCAAUGCACUCUUCUUAAGGGGGAUCUGAAUGUAACGAAAACUAAGGGUGCUGUCUCAGGCCCAAAGCGGUGUUUCGAACUGCUCUCUCUCUGCGAGGAACCAGAUGUAGAGUAUGUCGGAGGUGAGAUCUCCAACGUGGAUGCAGAAGAUACAACACAGUGCAGAGAGCUCUGCUACAAACACCCGAUGUGCCGGCUCUAUACAUUCACCCCAGCGGAGAAGAAGUGCUCACUGAAGAAGAUUGAAGCUGUUGCAGGACGUACAACGAAAAAACAAGGCAAAGUAUCUGGAUCUAAGGUAGGGUGCGCUCGUAGUGCUAGAGGUGGCUAUGCUUAUAAAGGAACCUCCUUCAAGACUAUUCCGGGCUUACCUCAUGAGACAGCCUGCCGGCUGCAAUGCGAAUACGAGAGCAACUGCAUUGCUUUCACCUUCGACACCGAGAAGAAGGUGUGCUCUCUUAAGGCCCGCGUGGACUUAGUAGAACCCAGAGAUACAGGUGUUAUUGGGCCUAAACGCGAAUAA